GCGGGCCGGCUGCAACGUCAGACCCCCGCCCCUCGGCGCCGGCCGGACCCAGCUCCAUCCCCAGCUCCACCUCCCUCAGUGGGCAGCCGGCCGGAACCCACGAAUCAGAGCAGCCGACACAUCGCCCGCUCACCCAAUCGCAGCAGUUGUGUGAUCCCGCCACCGCCCCGGACCCUGGAGGUCCGCGCUGAGGCGGCGACCGCGGGAGUCGCUGCUGAGGCGGCCUCGGGUGCGGGUCGGAACGGCGCUCUUCUGCGGGGCCGGUCCGGGCUGGCAGCUGCUGGCGCCUGGCGGUGAGGGCGGGCUCGCGAGUGGCCCCCCACCGAAGGCGGUGGGACUAGCGGCUGAGGCCAGGAUGCCGUCCAGGCGGCGCGGCGGCUCCUCUCUCAUCCCAGACGUUGGUUAUCUUUCUGAAGUAGACUCUCCAUGGCCUGAACAUUUUCCGAAAAUCAUUUUGAGCAAAAUAUCUGUUUAAUAACAAGAUAACCACAUCAAGAUGGUUGGAAAGCUGAAGCAGAACUUACUAUUGGCAUGUCUGGUGAUUAGUUCUGUGACUGUGUUUUACUUGGGCCAACAUGCCAUGGAAUGCCAUCACCGGAUAGAGGAACGUAGCCAGCCAGUCAAAUUGGAGAGCACAAGGACCACUGUGAGAACUGGCCUGGACCUCAAAGCCAACAAAACCUUUGCCUAUCACAAAGAUAUGCCUUUAAUAUUUAUUGGAGGUGUGCCUCGGAGUGGAACCACACUCAUGAGGGCCAUGCUGGAUGCACAUCCUGACAUUCGCUGUGGAGAGGAAACCAGGGUCAUUCCCCGAAUCCUGGCCCUGAAGCAGAUGUGGUCACGGUCAAGUAAAGAGAAGAUCCGCCUGGAUGAGGCUGGUGUUACUGAUGAAGUGCUGGAUUCUGCCAUGCAAGCCUUCUUACUAGAAAUCAUUGUUAAGCAUGGGGAGCCAGCCCCUUAUUUAUGUAAUAAAGAUCCUUUUGCCCUGAAAUCUUUAACUUACCUUGCUAGGUUAUUCCCCAAUGCCAAAUUUCUCCUGAUGGUCCGAGACGGCCGGGCAUCAGUACAUUCGAUGAUUUCUCGAAAAGUUACUAUAGCUGGAUUUGACCUGAACAGCUAUAGGGACUGUUUGACCAAGUGGAAUCGUGCUAUAGAGACCAUGUAUAACCAGUGUAUGGAGGUUGGUUAUAAAAAGUGCAUGUUGGUUCACUAUGAACAACUUGUCUUACAUCCUGAACGAUGGAUGAGAACACUCUUAAAGUUCCUUCAGAUUCCAUGGAACCAUUCGGUGUUGCACCAUGAAGAGAUGAUUGGGAAAGCUGGGGGAGUGUCUCUGUCAAAAGUGGAGAGAUCUACAGACCAAGUCAUCAAGCCGGUCAAUGUAGCAGCUCUAUCCAAAUGGGUUGGGAAGAUACCGCCAGAUGUUUUACAAGACAUGGCAGUGAUUGCUCCUAUGCUUGCCAAACUUGGAUAUGACCCGUAUGCCAACCCACCUAACUAUGGAAAACCUGAUCCCAAAAUUCUUGAAAACACUCGAAGGGUCUAUAAGGGAGAAUUCCAACUACCUGACUUUCUUAAAGAAAAACCACAGACUGAGCAAGUGGAGUAGCAGGACCAGGAGCCUCUUCCAUACAUGAGGAAAGACUGCUGCCUUUUCAACGGAAGGGAAAUUCCUAGGACUGGCUGUCCCCUGCCAAACUCGGUGGAGCGUCUGCACCUUGGCUAUGUCUCCUCUGCUUUUGCCAGUUUCCUCCCACUGAGAGGAUGGAGGUGUCCGCACAGCUUUGGGUCUCAUGAGGGAUCUGCCUCCUGAGCAAAGAGCUCUUGAUCCUGAUUCCAUGCACAGCCCUGCGGUAAGGAGCCCAGAAGAAACGUGUUUCCUGUUAAAACUGCUCUUGUCCUCUUUUCUUACCAGAUUAUGAAGUUUGUGUUCAAGGAGAGGGUUUAAAAAUGGGAUCCUGUAAGCAGACUUGGGCAGUCUCCUUUUGAAAUAGGUUGUCUGUACAUGUUCUAAUGUUUUGUAGAACACGUGUGCCUGUUUAAGUGUAUUGAUGUGAAUAAUAUUAAAUAAUUAUUUAAUUCAAUGUAUUGUUUCUGAGAAGUUGGGAAAUUAUCAUUAUACAUUUACAACGUAAUGACUUUUGUAUUUUAUUUUUCAAAAUAAAAGCUUUCAAUGUGAAGCA